AAACACAAUAAGAGCGGCCAUUUUUACCCACGGCAACAACUGCUACUCCAGUAAAGAAAGAAAAUAAAUGCCCUGUCGGAAUUUUAUUGUAUUUUGGAUGUGCCAUCAAAGGGAUCAAGUUUAAUUUGGAAGCCAAAAGCGAGUCAUCAUGACCUAGUGAUCUUCAUAAGGAGCGCUGUGGCACAAAGCAUCCUGUGCUUUUGACAGACUGCAGUCCGAGAUUCCCGUCAGUCGCUGUGGUAGUUUCCAGGGAGAGACCCUUGCCUCUCCCCCUGAGGAGAUAUGGAGCCCCAGGAGAGUCUGGGAGUGGAGGGCGACUCGGGUGCGAUGGGGGUGCUGGUGCCGAGCCCACGGAGCGAAGCGGUGACCCAUGACCUGGAGGAAUUGUCUCUGCAGCCCACUCAGAACCUUCCACCCAUUAAAGAGCGCAAGAACGUGCUUCAGUUGAAACUCCAACAGAGGCGCACACGCGAGCAGCUUGCAGACCAGGGCAUCAUGCCACCGCUGAAGACACCUGGAGCUUUUCAUGGGCAGGUCAGAAGUCUGGAGAGGGCAAGGACUGAGAAUUUCCUGAAGCAUAAAAUCCGCAGCAGACCUGACCGUGCUGAACUUGUUCGUAUGCACAUCUUACAAGAAACCCACGCAGAGCCUUCUUUGCAAGCCACUCAGAUGAAACUAAAGAGGGCACGUCUAGCAGAUGACCUCAAUGAGAAGAUCGCACAGAGGCCUGGACCAAUGGAGCUGGUGGAGAAGAACAUUCUGCCUGUUGAAAUUGUUGGAGGACUGGAUGUUUAUAACUUCAACGAGGACAGCAGUGAAGCUUUGUCUCCGGAGCAGCCAGCUAGUCAUGAAUCUCAAGGCUCUGCAUCUUCUCCUGUAGAAGCCAGACUGCCUGAUCCAUCGUCUGUAUCACCUCCGACUGGCUCCAAACUCCAGAGUUCAGACUUCCUGAACAGAACAUCAGUAGAAGAUGGUCGAGUAAUGACUGCCACACAGCUCGUCACCACUGCUGCCCCCACAAAGCCUGGACCCACCCUCGUAAAGCAAAGCCAGCCCAAACAGCCCUCUGACAAGAGUCGAAGCAAGAAGAGUAAAGAACCCAAACCGCGAAUUAGGAAGCUUAAGUAUCACCAGUACAUCCCACCCGACCAGAAGCAGGAACCCAACGAAGCUCCGAUGGACUCAGGAUAUGCCAGGCUGCUUCAGCAGCAGCAGCAGUUCCUGCAGCUCCAGAUUCUCAGCCAACAGCAACAGCAUUACAGUUACCAGGCCAUAUUACCAGCACCACUCAAGCCAGUAGCUGAGAGUCAGAACAGCUGCCCCAACAUCACCCUGAGCACCAGCCCGAGUCUUCCUAGUCCCAUUGUGGUAUCUCUGCCCAAUGCGGCUCCUUCACGUCCCAACAACACUGUGACCGGUCGUAAAACCGGUUCUCUGCCUACAAACCUAGAUGAGAUGAAGGUGCCUGAGCUUAAGAUGGAGUUGAAAUUGCGAGGACUUCCUGUGUCCGGCACCAAGACUGAUCUCAUAGAAAGGCUUAAGGCCCACCAGGAGAGUUCUCAAUCCAUGGAUACAAACAUCUCCAAAGCUCCUCUGCAUCUUGAAAGCAUGAGCACAACUCCCCCCGUUUCUCCUGAGCUGUCAGAGGCCUCCAACAUCAGUAUGGAGGAUAGCAGAGACAGUCCCACCAAAGCUGUAUGCACUUUGUCUCCAGCACGUUUGCCAACAAGUAACUCACCCCUCAAAACCACACUUGAAGAUAUGACCAUGGACGUCAAGGUGUCCGAAAAAGACCAGCGCCUUCACGAGAAGGAGCGUCAGAUUAAGGAACUCAUGCGUAAGCUGGAGCAGGAGCAGCGGCUGGUGGAGGAGCUGAAGAUGCAGCUGGAGGUGGAGAAGAGGAGUCAGCAAGGCGGAGGGCAGCAGCCUGAACCCAAUCCAUCAGUCCAGGUCAAAGAGGAGAACGGCACCGCCCCGAGCUGCAACUCCAAGCAGAGUCCCCUGCCACAAAGUACAGGUGUGAAACAGGAAGAGCCACUUGCCCAGCUGCACCACACCCCGGUUCAGCAGUUCUAUAUCAACGCCCAGCAAGUCCCUCAAGUGCUGCAUCAGCAGACACUGAUCAACGCUCAGCCUGCCGCACAAAUCCUGCUGCCCAUUAACCUGCCCAACAACCCCAUCAAUACACAGGCGCAGACCGUUCUCCAACCAGCAAUGCCCAGUUUGGCUCAAAGCAUCAUACAAACUCCACUUCUGCAAACACAGACGUCCAACAACUCAAUGUUACAACAGCACUCAAAUCCGACACCAUCUCCACCUCAAGCUUUACCAAUGUGUGGAAGCUCGUCUUCUGGGUUUGAGUACAGGCAGAACCAGAACCAGCCCAUGGCAGACAUGCCACAGUGCUUCCUCAACAACUCGCCCAGACACACAAAUGGACCCAUUAACAAACCUCCCUCGCCUUGUCAGCUCAACUAUACCCUUCAGCCAUCGACGUUCCCCAAUCACCGCAGCCCAAAGAGCAAAGACCCGCCCCGUUAUGAAGAGGCUGUCAAACAGACCAGAGGUCUACAAGCCACGAUGCAGGUUCCCACUGCUACCAGUCAGCACAUGGACGAUUUGUUUGACAUUUUGAUCGAGAGUGGAGAAAUAUCCCCUCUAACCAGGCAGGAUCCUUCUCUAGACAAACUUCUUCCGGUGACCGCAAACAUCACCACCCUGCCCAUCAACACAGUGCUGUCUCGUCCUCCCCCACAGAUACACGUUGCCCGCACACCCAACCAAACCCAAGCGCCUCCACCCAACAUGGUAGCCCUGGCCUCCGAUAACCAAUUGGAGGCCCUUCUGGAGGAUGCUGAGCCACGGACCCUGAGACUGAUGGAGGAGCUUAAAAACCAGCUACUGGAGCGGCCCCACUCCCCAAUGGACACUUCAGAUCUGACCUUCACCGACACGCCGCCUUCCACCCUCCCUCUGCAAGACACGGCCCUCGACAACAUGGAGUGGUUGGACCUUACGAUUCCAGGUCCUGCUGGUAUCUCCUCACCCACUGCAGUCUUUUCAUCAGAUUUCUUGGACUCCACUGAUUUACAGUUACACUGGGACUGAGCUCUUGGAGGGAUGGCGAUUGGAGACGUUCUGAAAAUAUCUGCGGUGUGCAGUCAGAUUUCUUGGGUUCGAUCUGUGCGCAACCACUGAUAGUGUAGCAUCAGCUUUUCUCAAUUGUGCCUAUAUGUGACUCUGGACCACAAAACCAGUCAUAAGUAGCACGGGUAUAUUUGUAGCAAUAGCCAACAAUACACUCUAUGCGUCAAAAUGACAGAUUUUUCUUUUAUGCCAAAAAUCGUUAGGAUAUUAAGUAAAGAUCAUGUUACGUGAAGAAUUUUUUGCAAAUUUCCUACCGUAAAUAUAUCAAAACUUAAAUUUUGAUUAGUAAUAUGCAUUGCUUAGAACUUCAUUUGGACAACCUUAAAGGCCAUUUUCUCAAUAUUUAGAUUUUUUUGCACCCUCAGAUUCCAGAUUUUCAAAUAGUUGUAUCUCAGCCAAAUAUUAUCCUAUCAUGACAAACCAUACAUCAAUGGAAAUCUUAUUUAUUCAGCCGUGAGAUUAUGUAUAAAUCUCAGUUUCAAAAAAUUGACACUUACAACUGGUUUUGUGGUCCAUGGUCACAUAUGUGCAGGUUUGUGUACUGUUAUUGUCACUAACACCUCCUUCAAGGCGGAAGAAGAAUGUAGAGACACUUUUUUUCACUUGUAUAUUUAGGCAGUGAGCUUCUGCUUUUCAUAUUUUGAAGCAGUCUUUGACUGCUGGCCUGUAUUAUAUAGAAUGUUUUUUUUAGAUUCUGCUAAGUAUAAUUUUGUCAAAAAAAACAACAUAUUUUAAAUUUAUAUCAUAUAUAUUUUGGGGAAGUAAGGACUAUAAGUACAAUCAUUGUGCCUUUGCUAUUUACAUUGUCCAGAAACUCUAUAGUUUCCAAAUUUAAAGGGAUAGUUUGUUCAAAAGUGAUUGUUCUUGUUCCAAACUCAUAUCUUUCUUUUUUUGAACUCAAAAAAAUGUUUUGAAGCUUGUUCAGCUGUUUUUUUCACUAAAAGCCAAUGGGGUCCAAAACUUUCUAGCUCCAAAAAGGAUAUAAAGGUAGCAUAAAAUGAAUCCAUAUAACUUGACUUGUAUAUUCAAAGCUUUCUGAAGUAGUGCACUCACUUUCUAUGAUAAACAGAUCAAACUUUAUUUACUCAGUUUUUCCAGUCCAGUUCCAGUUUUCCAGUUCACAUUUGUACAUCAUACAAAUGAUUCAUAUGGAUUGAUUUCAUGUUACCGUUAUGUUCCUUUUUGAGCUUGAAAGUUUUGGACCCCAUUGAAAACAGCUGAACCAUUCUUUGUGAUCUCUUUUGUGUUCUGCUGACGAAAAAGCCUUAUGAGUUUGGAACAACAUAAAAAAGGUAAAUAAAUAAUGACCGCAUUUUAAUUUUUAGGUAAAUUAUCCUUUUAACUACAGAGUUUGCACAAACGUUUGUGAUGGAAACAUUGUGCCAUGGUAAUUGUUACAAAUGUGAUGUCACCUUCAUUGAAGGAGCCUGUUUAGUAGCUUUUUUACAUUCACUACCGACUGCCAUGGUCAAUGGGCUGUUAACGGUUGCAUUGGGGUACUCAAAAUUGUGGCAGCUAAAUAAUAACAUUCAAUUUCUAAACAUUAGAAAUCAUCCAGUGCAUGGACUGGGAAAGGUCAGAGCGAGUUUGUUUACCAAACCCAGCAUGGGGCCAAAGAGAGAGAGGGAGGGAAGAAGGCACACAAACGCCUGACUAGGGGCCAUUAUUAUCCCUAUCAAAGAGGUAGAGUGGACAGUCUGAACUGCCACUGUUGCAUGUCUUGACCAGGGAAACAACACUAAACAGGACCAGUGAAAUUUCCAUAUUCAGAUGAGGCGAUCGGGAUGACAUCAGAAGAGCAGCUGUGUUUUGAUUGGUCAGAUUCUGUACUGCAGUACAGUAGAUGUUUGUUUUGGACGUAGAUGGACUUGACAGAACUUCUUUCUUCAUAACCACUGAAAUACAAGUAGAUGGCAGGUGAUAUGCCUUUGUUAAUGUACCUAGACCCUAUCUUCUCAGUUAUUUGUAAGAAUGAAUUAGUUAGUCAGAUUGCCUUUUAGAUUAUUUUUCUAUAAAAUGUAACAAUGUAGCGACAUCUGCUGGAACGUUUUCGAAACAGGCGGCUGAAUGAAUUUUUUUUUUUUUUUUUUUUUUUUUAAAUCACCACACCCAGAUGUAUCACUAUGAAAUGUUUUUCUUCAGCGUUUGGCAGAUGUAAUAUCAGAUUUCUCUGUGAAAAUAUGCCAAACAUGCCAAAUAGUGCACUUACUUGACGUUGGACUCAACUCAUUGACAAUCAGUUCCUUGUCCAAACAUGUUGUCAAAAUGAAAGAAUGUAUUUUUGUAUUUAGAAAUAUGAUUUCUAAAGUGAUACCGUAGUUCUGUCUCUAUCAGAGACCCAAAGCUUUUAAUUUUGUAAACAUACCAUUUUACUGCAUUUAUGCAGUUCUCACAUGUAUUUUUAUCACGUUUUACGGCUCUAAAAUAUUUUUAGUGUGAAAACUUUUUUCAACAUGUCCAUCAGAGUAAUUGCUCUGGUAUGAAGUGGAAAAGAAGAAAAUAUUUGAAAUCUUACUGACCCUUUGAAGUGCGACGUAGAUUGUAUGCCUCAUAUUUUGCACAGUGUAUAUAUUUUUACAACAUACAUUUUAUACAAAUGUAUUUGUGCAACUGUAAAUAAUGUUUUGAGGUUCUCUUUGUACAUAUCUUUAUUGUAUAUACAGCCUUUCAUCAUUAAAAUGUUUCUGUAUUUGAA